AUGGAACUGGCGCUAAUGGAUAUACGAGUAUACUGUUAUUACUCCUAUCUUCCGCAGACCUCCGCUCAUUCCGAGAACAGGCCUGCUGCAACCUGGAUUGACUUCUUCCACAAAGUCGGACUGGACAGAAUAGACCCUCGAGACGACUUGGGUAGACGGAAAGUCACUGCUGACUACCUACCCAGCGACCUCGUGGCCGCUCCUGCGUACGCGCAGAUUGGGGUUAUUGUCACAGCCGCUUCAACAACACCGGGUUGGGCGAAGUGGCCCACCGAUCCAUCGUCAAAUUUUCCUGUGAUCUUUGGUUACGGAUUUCAGUUUGACUUCCGUCAACACCCAAUACUUGGUGUUCUUGGAGCCUAUUCGCAGUACAGCAAAAGACAGCAAGAUCAAGACGAUUCUCGCAACAUCCCCGGUAUCUUUGGACUCCAGUGGCUGUACGACAAGACCAAGGCGGCCAUAAAGGCCGACCGGCAAUCUCUUUUUAAUACCAGGCCCGACGACCCAUUGAGUGUCAUCAAUCUGAGCACCAGCCAUCACCGCGUCGAGGUAUUAAGAUACAUGCUCAAAUUGUCCAAGGAGGAUAUGCAUUCCAGAGCACAGGGUGCCUUCAUGUUGGACUAUGGAGGCCUCUCCCACGAACAAUACAUGCCCAUUGUCGGGCUGUUCCUAGCUUCCACACCACGAUAUGUGCCUACGUUAUUCCCUACGGACUUGCUGAGCAAAAGGCCUCCUCUUACGCUUCUCGCUUUGAAUGGACACUUCUGGACGAAUGUCACAAGAGAAAGCGUCAAAGGAGACGACAUGUCUGAUUGGCCUAUGUCGCUUCAGACCUCGGACUGGGACCAAAACGUCAUUCAAUGGGUCAAUGAUGGGAUGGAUAAAUUGGGAAGGGUCAAAGGUGAAACCCUCGAGGCAGUUUUCAAGGAGACUAAACGAUCAAUCAUCCACCGCUUGCAGUGUCAGGGAGUGGGCGCAACGAAGCCAGCUGUUGGCCUCAAGGUUGUACUUCAUCUAUGCAUGAAGCUGCUUCACAACGACAAGACCUUUCGAACCUGGUUUUCCAAAUAUCAUCCAGCAGUCGCGGCAUACUUGAGACACAUCAUUCAUCUGCAACUCCAACUGCUGGAUCGCUGGUUCCUGAACUCCAACCAUAACACAUCCUCCACUCAGUCUCGCGCAAUCCGCAUUUGCAACACGACUCUCGCGUUGACGCUAGCGGAUGAGAAGGCACCAAAGAAAGAUGAUUCAACCAGUCCAGUUCCUGAUGAACUGGACCAGACUGUCUGGCAUAUCCACUCUAACACGCUCGAAUGGAUCGAAGACUUGAUGAACUCCAUUGGCCUCACUCCGGAGACUCUCGAGAGCACAAGAAGCGACUGGGAACCAGAAAAGAGCUUUGAUGUCAAGAACCACUCAAUCCAGAACACUGGGACUCAAGAAGAAGACUCUGAUGAGGUCUUGGUACCCUUGGCUGCACAGAUGAAGCCGCGCGAUAAAGAUCUGAAGUACCUUGCAGGCGCUCAUUACAACAAGAAGUGGGAGCUGUUGAAUACUCAUCAGAUGUUGGACAGGUUGGACAAGGUGGCCUCAUCCAGGGCCGACAGCUCCUAUCGGAAACGGCGAUUCCAGCAACGUGAUGGAGGAGAUGUGGCAAAUGAAAAGACAACUGACGAUAUGAUCAUAUUCCGCUGUAUUCUUAUAGCAUUACUUUUUCAGACAGCCCCAGAUAACGCAGCGCUCAUCAAGUCGGGGGUUUGGGAACAGGUUGUGGCUAUUGUCUAG